GAAGUGUUGAAUUUCCCAGACAACGCUGGCAUAGUGAGCCCCAGAGUAUUAUAAAUAUUGUCUGUAUAUAUAAUUUUUUGUUAUUCAUUAGUAAGUCCUUAAGCCCUUCAUUACACAUCAAUUCAAAUUGAAGAUUAGUGACGAAUCGUAUUUGAGCAUUUGAACAUCAUAUAUUUGAGUUUUUGUGAAAGAGAGGUUAUAGUGAGGUGGAGUAAAAGUGUUGGCUAAUCAUUUCAACAAGUUUUAAUGAGAGAAUCAUGUCCGAGUGGAUUUCUUCAACAGUUUAUCUUUAAAUUGUGAUAAAGUGAGUGACAAGUGACAAGUGGAUCGGUUUUAAUUUCUUGGCUAACAAAUUUUACUCCGGAGCUACUGGUUACGACAUUUUGAGAUGAAAGGUCUUCCGGAUAGAUGGCUACAAUAUAAGCCGUAUGGAAGAGUCAUCGAGAAUACCCAAAUUCUGGCGUUCAAAGUGCCCCUCAGAGCGAGGGCGAACCAAUCAGUGCCAGCUACGAAGCAAUGCACAACUGCGUUACUCAUCGAGACAUUUCCCAAACUCAAGUUUGUCAUCGAUUUGACCAACACCACCAAGUACUACAACAAGAAUGAGUUCAUCUCGAAGGACGUCGGUUACUUGAAAAUCAUGGUGCCAGGUCAUCAGGUGCCUUCUGAAUCCUGUGUUCUAUU